ACAAAAUCAGAAUAUUCUAUUUAUUUUCUGGACCGUGUAGACGACGGAGCAACACACAGAAGAGAGAUGGAUUCAGAUUACGGUGUUCCUCGCGAGCUCUCGGUUCUGCAGAAGCAGCGAACUCUUUAUCAGCCGGAGAUCCCUCCCUGUCUCGAGGGCACUACUGUGAGGGUUGAAUUUGGCGGUGGAACAACUGGAGUAGAUCCAGCGGGUGCGCAUGUCAUCAGCCAAGCUUUCCCACACACCUAUGGUCAGCCUUUAGCUCAUUUUCUGAGAGCAACAUCCAAGGUUUCACGUGCUCAGAUCAUAACCGAGCAUCCAUUCAAAAGAGUGGGCGUUGUGUUUAGUGGAAGGCAGUCUCCAGGCGGACAUAAUGUCAUUUGGGGUCUUUACAAUGCUCUGAAGAUUCACAAUACCAAAAAUGUUUUGCUUGGGUUCGUUGGUGGGACUGAAGGCUUGUUUGCACAGAAAACCUUGGAGAUCACAGAUGAAGUUCUUUCCUCAUACAAGAAUCAAGGUGGUUUUGAUUUGCUUGGACGCACCGUCGAUCAAAUCCGAACUAUCGAGCAGGUUAAUGCAGCGAAGGCUGCCUGUGAUGCCCUGAAAUUGGACGGUCUUGCCAUAAUUGGAGGAGUUACAUCUAACACAGAUGCUGCACAGCUUGCUGAGACUUUUGCAGUGUCAAAAUGUCCAACAAAGGUGGUUGGUGUUCCAGUAACACUGAAUGGGGACCUUAGAAACCAGUUUGUUGAGGCAAAUGUCGGGUUUGACACUAUAUGUAAGGUUAACUCACAACUCAUAAGCAACGUCUGUACUGAUGCUUUAUCAGCUGAAAAGUACUAUUAUUUUAUUCGCCUGAUGGGCCGCAAAGCUUCUCAUGUAGCUCUAGAAUGUGCUCUCCAAUCACAUCCAAACAUGGUUCUUCUUGGUGAGGAGGUAACUGCCUCAAAACUUACUCUUUUUGAUAUUACAAAGCAGAUCUCGGAUGCUGUUCAAGCCAGGGCAGAUCAAGGGAAGUUCCAUGGGGUGCUUCUUAUCCCAGAGGGUUUGGUAGAGAGUAUUCCCGAACUGUAUGCUCUCCUGCAGGAAAUUCAUGGUCUUCAUGGCCAAGGUAUUUCGGCUGAGCAUAUCUCCACCCAUCUUUCUCCUUGGGCAUCUGCAUUAUUCCAAUUUUUGCCACCAUUCAUCAGGAAACAGUUGCUUCUCCACCCUGAAUCAGAUGACUCAGCACAGUUGUCUCAGAUUGAAACAGAAAAACUUCUGGCUUAUUUGGUGGAGAACGAACUGAACAAGCGAACGAAAGAAGGAAAAUAUAAAGGGAAGAAAUUUAAUGCAAUCUGUCACUUCUUUGGCUAUCAAGCUCGGGGCUCUUUACCUUCAAAAUUUGACUGUGACUAUGCCUACGUUCUUGGGCACAUCUGUUACCAUAUUCUUGCAGCUGGUCUUAAUGGCUACCUUGCUACCGUUACAAACCUGAAAAGCCCCGUGAAUAAGUGGAAAUGUGGUGCUGCACCAAUUACAGCAAUGAUGACCGUAAAGAGAUGGUCUCGGGGACCUGGUAUAAGUGCAAUAGGGAAACCUGCUGUCCAUCCUGCUUCCGUUGACUUGAAAGGAAAAGCAUACGAGCUGAUGAGACGCAACGCCGCUAGAUUUUUAGUGGAUGAUCUGUACAGAAACCCUGGACCACUUCAAUUCGAGGGAGAUGGUGGUGAUUCCAAGACAUUUACAUUAUCUGUGGAAGAUCUGGAUUACAUGGGACGGAUUAAGUUACUACAGGAAUAUCUGGAUAAGGUGAAAGACAUGGUGAAGCCUGGAUGUUCCCAGGAAGUUUUGAAGGCAGCUCUAAGUGCCAUGGCUUCUGUAACUGAUGUCCUUUCUGUGAUGUCAUAUUCGAAUUCUCAGGGGCUCCAGUGACUCGCCUCGGCUAAUAACCCACCUCCCUCCCACCUGUAAAAUUGUUUCAAGCGCCUGUUUCGUAAUUUUCAAAGACCUAGUUUCAGUUUUGGUUUGCUCUUUUAUUUUCUUUUUUAUUUAUCAGAAAUUUGUGCAGCGGAUUUUAAACAAUAAGUAUUUGAUUGUCCAUUCGAGUGCUCUUAUGUAAAUAAUGAGAUGACAACUUUGCCUUUAUGGUCUAUUUGUUCUGUGCAAAAGAUGAUCUAUUGAUUGUGCUGUUUUGGA